AUGAGAAAAAGAUAUUUAGAAGAAUCUAAUAAUGAGAAAAGUAAAAGGUUGGAAGCAAAUAGAAAGAGAACUAGAUUAACACAUUCACAGGAGAGGUUAGAUGAGCACGAGGAAAGACUGUCGAAGAUGAGAAGCUACAUUAACGAUAGGUUAUCGCAAGAAUAUGAAGAGCAACGCGCUCAUCGUUUAGGUCUGAUCAGAGAGCGACUUUCAAAUGAAACUGAAGACGAACAUUUGCUACGUUUGGAUGCUGCUCGUAACUGUUCUGCAAUGGUGAUACUUCACGAAACUCCCGAGGAGAGAAGUAAUCGUUUGAGCGCCAUGCGACAAGCGGCUUGGGAGCGAAGAAACCAGUGUAAUGCAGAAAAUUUUAAAAAAGCGAUUAAUCCUCAUGCUGACUUGCCGUGUUCAAUAUGCAAAAAAAGUUUGUAUCCUCAGCAACGUACGAUAUGGCAAACUACAAAUUUAGGCUCUAUUUUGCCUAAUGAAUUGGUAGCUUUAGGUAAUAUUAUUACUUGUUCACGAUGCUCAAAUAAUAUUAAAAAACAUAAUACUCCACCGCAGGCCUAUUGGAAUAAAAUGUCGGUAGCUGCAAUACCUACAGAAAUCGAUGACUUAUCGGAAAUUGAGAAACGUUUUAUUUGCAGAGUAGUGCCAUUUCUUAAAAUAAUAAAAGUUCAAAAUCGUUUGAGCCAAGACUGGUGCAAAGGGCAGGCAAUUAUUUUUGCUCAGGAUGUGGUCGAGCUAGCGGAGCAACUUCCACUUGAACCUAAUCAAACUGGAUUAGUGUUCGUAGUAGAAAGUCGUGAAAAUUUAGAACAUUCUAGGGAGUUUCAAAUAGAUGUAGGUAAACUUCAAUUAGCAUUGCAGUGGCUCCUAAUGAAUAAUGCACUCUAUAAAGAUGUUCGUGUAUAUUUUCCUACUGUGAUCGAUAUUUCUACGAUAACACAAAUUGCUGAUGAACCUGCACAUGGUUAUGAUAGUGAAGAACCAAUUGCUGAACGGUUAACUAUACCUACAAAUAACUAUACUGCCUUGAGUAACAAUGUAUCUAUAUUACAUGGUUCUUUUCAUCAGGACAAUCAACGAUUUAGUCCAGAGUCACGUGGUCGGCAAUGCACAGGGAUCGCAACUGUUGCUAGUGUGGCAUUUUCUCUGAUCAAUCCUAAUAAUUGGUGCAAAAGCGACAUAGAUUACAUGUUAUUGGUAGGAGAUAAAUAUUAUAGAGACUGUAUUGCGGCUCGGGCUAACCGCAAUCCCGAAGAAGCACAUAUGGAAUAUUUGGCUGCAACUGAGCUUUUACCUAAUAUCACAUAUAACAAUCGAAAAGUUGAUAUCAAUGUUCGUCAUGAAUCAGCAUUUAAUGGUCACGUAGAUAACGACAAUAGUGAAGAAGGAUUUCCCAAUUUGUUAAACGCUUUAAUAAAUGUUUUUAGGGAUCACAGUUAUGCCAUACUUACGCUGAAUAAUACAACUGUAGCCGUCCAUUAUAGACAAGAGCCUGAAGGUAUUUCUUACUGGUUGUUUGACUCCCACGCGCGAGGCCUAAAAGGUUUCAAAGCUCGAACGAGAGGUACUUCAUGUUGUAUACGAUCUACUAGUAUCCAUGAUUUGCAUAUUAUCCUGCGUAGAAAUUUAUUCAUUAAAAACACAUCUGUCAAUGUGUUAACUCAGAUUGUUUUUUCACUGACACCACUUACGAUAACACCCGAAAAUCAAUUAGAACGGUUGCAGCAACAUAGAGAAACAUAUUCAGAUAUUCAACAACGACUGCAAUCAUCAAAUUGUCACCAGCCGCAAGAUCUGCAUACAUCUAUUAUCGUGCAACAACCGCCAAAAGAAAAUAUUAAUAACAUGGAAAAAUAUUUAAUAGACCCACAAUUACAGCAAAAUUAUAAUACAGAAACGAGAUAUAUUUUCACAACCAGUAUGCUUAGGAAUAUAGAUGAAAGAAUACCUAAUUUGGACAGUGUUGUUACCAUAGACAACCCUAACCCAGAGGAUGAAGUAAGACUACAAGAAGUUAAAAGAAAAACAGCACUGCCCCUAUAUUAUGAAUGUGAAAGAAGAAUGGAAGAGUUGGGCUGGUACUUUUUAUUCCCUGACGGAAAAAAUGGAUUUGGUGAAGAAAGAGAGGUUUCGAUUACCCCAUUGGACUACUUCCAAGCUCGUGUAAUGACUAAUGAUAAAAGGUUCCAGAGAAAUGAUUAUUUAUUUUUUGCAUUGUCUGUAGUCGAGUAUUUUCGAGCUAAAGCUAGUGUGUCAGUUUCAUGCAGAAUGCGUCAAGGGCAAAGAGAAUUUACACCCCACGGACUGAUUGACAAUAUACAUCUGAAUAUGAGAAAUGUGCGAGGGUCUGCUUCGUACUGGAGACGAUGCUGUUCGGAGUUGAUUGCUAUGGUAAGAAGUCUAGGGCCUCCUACCUGGUUUAUGACCUUUUCGUGUAAUGAUCUUAACUGGCCGGAUAUGAUAAAAUCUUUGCUCAUUGCGGAUGAACGCAAUGUAAAUGAUAUAGAUAACGUAACAUUUCCUGAACGACUAAAAUUGGUGUAA